AUGCUGCAGUAUGACAGAGAUCCACUGAGCAACACCAUUCAAGAUUAUAAGUGGAAAAAAUGGCCUAAUGCAUGCUUAGUGCGCUCACAUAUAGCUUGGGUAGACCUGGACUCAGUGAUCCUUCAGAAAGAAGGAAGGAAAAAGGGUAUUUCUGUCACCUAUUCGGUCUUCAUUGGACCAGAGAUACUACCUCUAACCACGCUUCUGUGUGGUUACUACUCAUUUGGUUCAGGAGGCUGCAGAGAAGAGGAAGACUACCAGUUCCUCUUGUCCUGGGCUACUGUGCAUGUGUCAGGGGGAUCCCCUGGGAUUGCUCCUUCCUUGAGGCCAAAUGACCAAGCUCGGGCGGGAGAAGCAUGGGGGUGCCAGGCAGAGCGGGGAGAGGAGAUAUACACCCAGAAGGCUCAGCAGCACUGGGAGACUCCUAUGACCAAGAUCCAGAUAAAUUUUGGAUUUCACAUGGAAAAGAAGCUUUCCUUCAGAAUGCAGAAGGGACUUGUGAACAUUAUUACAAUUGUGAAGUUACUGAAAGUAAGUGAAGCAAGACGAAGACUAAAGAAAAGGGCCCACAUGGAAGGACACAGAUGGGAAGAAAGGGGAAAGAUUAAUUCUCAGAUAUUUUAUUUACUUCUAUCAUCCCACAGACCUGAGCCUUCCCCUCCCUCCGAGAAUCAUUGUGUUCUGGUUUAUUAG